AUGAAACUGAUUUCUCAGUCGCCACGCGGAUCAGAAAUUCGGUGCUGCCUGGACGACGCAAUGGAAGAAUUCCAACAACUACAGUAUCGACCCAGCCACGGUGAAAACGAGGAAGGAGACUUGAACAAAUGGGGCAAAACGGCCCUCGACAUUGUCUUUGCCAUUUUUUAUCAUGUCACCCCUGUGGUAUUUGCCUUUCAGGGCGCUUUCUUCAAGGUAUUUGCGGGCUUUGUGAAAGCGGCGGGUAGUGCGCUGCAAUUAACACUAAUGCGCAGCUACAUAAAUGCGAUUGUUGUCACUGCAGUUGAGACAUCAAAUAUAUCGUCGUAUGAUAACGAUUUGUCUGUUGAUAAGAUAUUGAAUCUCGAGGCAAGUGGAGUCCUCGAACAGUGCCUGCGAGUCUUGCCGUUUGUACCAGGACAUCAAGGAGUGCUCCUAAUAUACUGGACGAUAUCCAGUCAAUUACAAAGUACAGGUCUUCUAAGUAAAAAGUUCAAGAUGGGAAAAGCUUGUGGUGAUGUAUUGCGAGCGAUUUUAGCUAGCGAAGAAGACACUCUCGCCAAUAGACCGGACACCAUCAAAAGACCAUGUGACACAGUCACUUUGGUGGACGAGAUGGAUCCAGACGAGGAAGAACCUGAAUGUCUUGGCGAAGCUAGAUAUGUGCGCUCCUACGAGCUACAAUCCGACAAGGUAUGCACAGAUUUGGAAAGGUGUGCAUCCACAAUUUCCGAUACUUGUAACGCGCUUCUGAUUGUUCGGUUCCCCGAUGGCAAGUAG